AUGACCUCCAUCCGCUCGAAGAACCAGGUUUUUGGGGAGUGUCUAAGGGACAAAUCUGGGAAACUAUUAAAACUCGACAAAGGUCAGGAGAGCGAGGAGCCGGUGUCGUCGUCAGGGAUGUGUGUGUCCUCUCAUCAGGGACUCAUCAGGGACUCAUCAGGGACUCAUUAUGCAGCAGCAGCAGAGCAGGGAAAGGAUGCUCUGAAGCUCGGAAGCUUUGAAGCCGCCUUUAAUCUCAGCGCGACACCGAAUCUAAGCAACAGAGACUAG